AUGAGUGCCAUUCUCUCGGCCGACGACCUCAACGACUUCAUCUCACCGGGUGUCGCAUGCAUCAAGCCCGUCGAAACCCUCGCACCAAAUCCAGACAACUCCAAUCCCUACGAAGUGACCACCGAAGACAAACUCCACGUCUCGAAUCCUGCCCCAGCCUCCAUCUCUCUGACCGACUGCCUGGCCUGCUCUGGUUGCGUCACUUCAGCCGAAGCGGUUCUUGUGUCGCUGCAAUCGCAUACCGAGGUCCUCAACACCCUUGAUGCAUACCCCUCUCUCGAUGUGCGGCGUUUAAUCGAAGCACAGAAUAGCCGCGUCAACGGAGUCCAAGCGGCGCCAUCACCAGCGGACGCCAAACUCUUCAUCGCCAGUGUAAGCCCGCAGGUCCGAGCGAGUCUGGCGGCGACGUUUGGGAUUUCUGAGAAAAAGGCUGGGUUUAUGAUACAGCAGUUCCUGAGCGGGUCACAGGGACUACGGAUAGGUGGACAGCACAAUGGUGGGUUCUCCUAUGUGGUUGACACAAACCAAAUGCGAGAGGCAUGUCUUGUGCUCGGAGCAGAAGAGGUGGCAGAAUCGCUGGCGAGCAAGUCCAAGCCUCAGCCAGUUCUGACCUCUGCCUGUCCGGGAUGGAUCUGCUACGCGGAGAAAACUCACCCUCACAUCCUCCCACACCUGUCUGUCUUGAAGUCUCCGCAAUCCAUGUCGGGGACUCUACUCAAAUCUGUGCUCAGCAAGACCUUGGACCUACAUCCAUCACAGAUCUGGCAUCUCGCCAUCAUGCCAUGCUUCGAUAAGAAACUGGAGGCGAGCAGGGAGGAACUGACGGAUCGCUGGUGGCGUUCGUCAAGCCAGGACACCACCGACUUGUCCUGUUCUCCUGUACGAGAUGUCGACUGUGUAAUCACUUCGCGAGAACUCCUUACGCUUGCCUCAGCCCGAGGAAUUCAGCUCUCUGGUCUCCCACUGAAACCCCUCCCACCCUCUGAGCGCACACCUUUUCCCGACACCAGAAUUUCCAGUUUCCUCUUUCCUAACUCGCGGCGACCAAGUCAACCGCAAUCUUCACCAACUGCUGCCGCCGCUGCAGCAGCCGGCACUUCGGGCGGUUACUUAUACCACAUCCUUGCAACAGAACAAGCCAAGCACCCUGGCAGUACGAUCAGCGUCCAACGCGGACGCAAUGUCGACGUCAUAGAGUACACACUCCUCUCCACGUCAUCCAGCAAACCCAUUAUGAGAUGCGCCAGAUACUACGGGUUCCGCAACAUCCAGAAUCUGGUUCGCAAACUUAAACCCGCGCGACAGUCGAAAUUACCAGGUGCAGUGAGACGCAGUGCAACGACAAACGGCGUGGGCGCGGGUGGACAGGAGUACGCUUACGUUGAGGUCAUGGCCUGUCCCGGUGGGUGCACGAACGGCGGUGGGCAGAUCAAGGUCGAGGACGUGGUGGAUAUCCUACCAGCAACGAGAGGUGAGGAGAUGACAGUGGUCAACGGCACUGCGACUCCCCAGAGUCAAAAGGAGUGGCUGCGGAGAGUAGAUGAGGCGUACUUCUCGAUAGAUUCCGAAUCCGACGACAAUGCCUCCCAGGACGACGACGACGUGUCUAUGACGAACGGGUACGGAGACAACCUCCAUCACCUUGCCACCAAUGGAGAUACUGCUACCACGACUGAACACAUCGACGGGCAGUCAUCUUCCCAACCCACCAUCAUCAACGGCGUCAACGUGACAAGCGUACAAGAUCUGCUCUCGCAUUGGUCUGUUCUUGUCGAGGUCCCGCUGCACACCCUGGCAUACACUAGCUAUAGGCAGGUGGAAAGCGACGUCGGCAAGACCAGCAAAGCUAAAGUCAAGACCCUCAAUGACACGGAGCGCAUUGCUCAGAUUGCCGGGUUGAGCGGAGGUGGUUGGUGA